AUGACAAGUGCUUACCAGAUUACCAUCUCAAUAACGAACUGGCUUAUGGCUUGCCUUCCAGACCGAGUCACUUGUGAAGCAUUUGUUCCCUCCAAGUUAGCAUUCUCCUCUUGCUCCACCACGCUAGAAUUAACUUCGCUCCCCCUAUCACCAGACUCCCUUAAUUCUCAAGAAGAAAGGUUUUUAGACAUUACUGGUGAUGACAGUGGUGAUGAGAUACUAGAAGAGGCAGGAGCCAAAGAAGUCACUAGCAAGCUCAUUGGCAAUUCUUUAUCUGCUCCAGACAUCAAAAAGAACUCACAAACCCCCUUCUCUCUCUCACACACACACACAGAAGAGAAGACCCAUCUUACUCACACAAUCAAAUGGGCCAAAUGGAGAGCAAAAGUGGGUGUUAGUAAAUUUUGGAAAAAUCUGAUUGAUAGUCCCACUUUCAUUUCCAUUCAUUUACAACACAAUAACGACAACAAGGACAAUGCCCAUAUGGUGGUAUACUAUCACAAUGAGCUUAGGGACUUGGGGGACAUCGUCUUGUUCCCGGACAAAACGUUUACAGUGCCCACAUAUCACAAUAUGGGUAUAUCCAUCCCCGUAUUUAAUCGGCUUGGUGGUCCUAUUAAUGGUGUUUUUUUCCUAUGUGACAGACAUGAACGCAUUGCUUUGUGGAAUCCCGCGACAAGAGCAUUCAGGGCUCUGCCAUUGUGGCGCACGAAAUUGUUUCCGCAUGAUUGGAUCCCUUGUCACUGCGGCUUUGGAUUCGGAUUUGAUCCCACCAGUGAUGAUUACAAGGUAGUUUGGAUUCGGACUUUUGAUGAUGGGAACAUCGAUAAAUGGGACCCAUGGAUGGAUCCCAUACAUGUUGCUGUGUACACUUUGAGCACAGAUUCAUGGAAAGAUUUCAAGGAGGACUUCAAAGAGAUUCAAGGGCCACCUGAUCUUCACCAAGACUCAGAAUGCGAGAUUCUUACGUUGUACAACGGCACUAUUGCGCUGAUUUAUUCUCAUUCACGAGUGCCACUAGAUGCCUGGGAAUCAGCUGAGCAGUCAUCAGUUACCGUGUGGGUACUGAUGGAGGAGGAGGACAGAUGGGAUGUUGGAUCAAGCAAUUGA